UGUGGGAGAAGAUGAAGGAGAAGGUCCACUUCAGUCCUGUCAUUCUGGACCCAAACACUGCAAGUGGGUGGGCUUAUCUCGCUGAUGAUCUGACCAGUGUGAGGAUUGGAGACACAAAGCAGCAGCUUCCUGAUAAUCCAGAGAGAAACACAAAGUAUACCAGUGUUUUUGGCUCUGAGGGCUUCAGCUCAGGGAAACACAGCUGGGAGGUGGAGGUGGGAGACCAUCCUUGGUGGAGUGUGGGUUUAGUUAAAGAGUCAGUUGACAGAAAGGGAGAGUGUUUUGUUUCACCAAAAUACGGAAUCUGGUGUUUAUUGCAUCGCAGUGGAGAAUACACUAAUGGUGAUGGUCAGACUGUGACAGUGAAGAAGAGUCUCCAGAGGAUCAGAGUCCAGCUGGACUAUGACAGGGGGGAGGUGUCCUUCUAUGACCCUGAAGACGCGACUCACAUCUACACUCACAGAGACACUUUCACUGAGAAACUCUUCCCAUAUUUCUGUGUUGGAGAGGCAGAUGUAAAAACCUCUGAUAUCAAAAUCUGUCAUGGUGAAGUGUUUGUGACAGUAAAGUCUCAACUGAAUAUAAAGCCGGGCUUGGGCAUCAAUAAAAUGGCAACCAGCCGGCAACUGAGGAGAACUGGGGGACGCUCCUAA